GGUCCCCGUCGAGCGAUUCCCGGGCCCAGCCAUGGACACAGCAGAGCCGGGGCUCCCCCCAGCUCCUGAGAGCAGGAAGAGGUACAGUGACAUCUUCCGGAGCCUGGACAACCUUGAAAUCUCACUGGGGAAUGUAAACCUCGAGAUGCUGGCUGGAGACCCUGUACUCUCAGGACAUUCAGAGCCUGACAAGGAUCCCACAGCCACAGUGACCAGUGAAGCCAGUCGUUGGAGCGGCCCCUCCCCAGAGGGUCCUGCACGCCUCACAGGGGAGGAACUGGAUUUGCGGCUCCUUCGGACCAAGGGGGGUGUGGACGCUGCCCUGGAAUAUGCCAAGACCUGGAGCCGCUAUGCCAAGGAACUGCUGGCCUGGACAGAGAAGAGAGCCAGCUACGAGCUGGAGUUUGCUAAAAGCAUCAUGAAGAUCGCAGAGGCUGGCAAGGUGUCCAUCCACCAGCAGAGCCACAUGCCACUGCAGUACAUCUACACCUUGUUUCUUGAGCACGACCUCAGCCUGGGAGCCCUAGCCAUGGAAACGGUCUCCCAGCAGAAGAGGGACUACUCCCAGCCCCUGGCUGCCAAGCGGACUGAGAUUGAGAAGUGGCGGAAGGAGUUCAAGGAACAGUGGACCAAGGAGCAGAAGCGGAUGGAGUUCGUGCCCGCGGCGCACAGCUCCUCUCUGGACAUCAGAAAGAAGCUCUCGGGGCCGCUACCUCCAAGGCUGGAUGAGAGUUUGGGUGAACCAGGCCCUUGGGAGGAUGUGGGCACGGGCUGGCAGGGGACUCCAGGUGCCACUCCAGGCAGUGACGUGGACAGUGUGGGCGGCGGCAGCGAGUCUCGGUCCCUGGACUCUCCUACUUCCAGCCCAGGCCCUGGCACGCGGCGGCUGGUGAAGGUUGCAUCCACCGGCACCGAAUCCUCAGAUGACUUUGAGGAGCGAGACCCUGACCUGGGAGAUGGGCUGGAGAACGGACUGGGUAGCCCCUUCAGGAAGUGGACGCUGUCCAGCGCGGCUCAAACACACCGGCUGCGGCGGCUACGGGGCCCCGCCAAGUGCCGCGAAUGCGAAGCCUUCAUGGUCAGCGGGACUGAGUGUGAGGAGUGCUUUCUGGCCUGCCACAAGCGCUGCCUGGAAACUCUACUGAUCCUCUGUGGACACAGGCGGCUUCCAGCCCGGACACCUCUCUUUGGGGUCGACUUUCUGCAGCUGCCCAGGGACUUCCCAGAAGAGGUGCCAUUUGUGGUCACCAGGUGCACGAGUGAGAUAGAACACCGCGCCCUGGGUGUGCAGGGCAUUUACCGGGUCAGCGGGUCCCGGGUCCGCGUGGAGAGGCUGUGCCAGGCUUUCGAGAAUGGCCGUGCACUGGUGGAUCUGUCCGGGAACUCGCCUCAUGACGUCUCCAGUGUCCUCAAGCGAUUUCUCCAGGAGCUCACCGACCCCGUGAUCCCCUUCCACCUCUACGACGCCUUCAUCUCUCUGGCUAAGACCCUGCAUGCAGACCCUGGGGACGACCCCGGGACCCCCAGCCCCAGCCCUGAGGUUGUCCGCUCGCUGAAGACCCUCUUGGUACAGCUGCCUGACUCUAACUACAACACCCUGCGGCACCUGGUGGCCCAUCUAUUCAGGGUGGCCGCACGGUUUGAGGAAAACAAGAUGUCUGCCAACAACCUGGGCAUCGUGUUUGGGCCAACAUUGCUACAGGCGCCAGAUUGUCCACGGGCAGCCGGCACCCUCCCUGUCACCUGCUUGCUAGACUCCGGGCACCAGGCCCAGCUGGUUGAGUUCCUCAUCGUGCACUACGAACAGAUCUUCGGGAUGGAUGAGCUCCCUGUGGCCACUGAGCCCCUGCCCCAGAACCCCAGCCCGGCCCUGGGGUCCCUCACAGCCCACCUCCAGCCAACACCCCCACACUUUGCCCCAGAACCUCAGUCCCCAGCUAUGGCCUCGGAUCCUGGCCCAGAUCCCGAACCCCACAGUGCCCUGGAGAAGCAUCCCAAGGUCACACUUCCGGAGAUUCCAACUCCACAGAGUGGCCAGAGAGAGGAACUAGCUGAAGUCACCAGAGAUGAGGAAGGGGAAGCAUCCAGCCAAGGCCCUGAGGACUCACUUCUUGGGACACAGUCUCGUGGCCACUUCAGCCGCCAGCCAGUGAAGUAUCCCCGGGGAGGUGUGCGGCCCGUUACCCAUCAGUUGUCCAGCUUGGCCCUGGUGGCUUCCAAGUUGUGUGAGGAGACUCCUGUCCCAUCAGUACCCCGAGGGAGUUUGCGGGGGCGGGGACCCAGCCCUGCCGCUGCCUCCCCUGAGGGCAGCCCCCUGCGCCGCACCCCACUGCCCAAGCAUUUUGAGAUCACCCAGGAGACAGCCCGGCUACUCUCCAAGCUAGACAGUGAGGCUGUGCCCAGGGCCACCUGCUACCAGGACGCCCAACCUGAGGAAACUGAGGACCACCUCUGACCACCCUGCCACCCUGAAUAAGGGGCUCAGGACUGAGAAGAUGGACGCCUUCUCCCCACCUACCCUAAUCUGGUGGCCAAACAUGGGGCUAGGAGUUCAAUGUUGGGGGGAUACAGAGUUCCUGUAAGACAAUAUGGUCUGGGGGUGGCCUAAGACCCUUUUCCGGCAAUGUGCGGGGUCUUCCCACUAGAUGCAGGUCACUGCCAAGCAUCAGGGCCACUCAGGCUGAGGUCACUCAGGAUCAACACUCAGGGUCAAUAUAGGUCAUGAGAUCCUUGGGGUUCACCCUGGUCUCUGACCCCUGGCACAGGGCUGUCUUUUACUACUUUGGUUGUAGUCCCCCUCCCCCUCCCCCACCCCUCUGCCUCCUUUGUUGACUCCAAGGGACCUGUUUUUGGAGGAGGUGAGGGCAGCCCAGACUUCACAUCCUGGUGGUGCCUAGGGCCUGAGGUCUGAUGG